AUGCCGUCGAUAUCAGGAAGCGAGUCUGAUUCACCUUCUGUGGAUUCCACGCAACAGCCAACGCCUCCCCACGUCGAUACUGGUAUCGAUUCACCUAUUGAGUCCGCCCUGCCGGAAGCCGACGAGCCCUUGUCCAAAGAUGUCUUGGUCGCCGAUGAACCGCAGCAACGCCCCUCAGCGGACGAUUCGAUUGGCUUGCAGCCCGCGGUGUUGGGAGGUGCUUCGGAGACACCGAUGGUGCCGAUUCCGCAGCGCUCCCCACCCGCUCCCGAUCCUAAUGUUGAUCCACAUGUUGAUUCCGUGUUGUCUAGAGUCGAGUAUUCUACCUCCGAAGACGUUUGGAUUCCCGAUGCGGAGCCACUGCACCCCACACCAGGUUCCUCCAGUAUUUCGAUGCCCCUGGCAUGGGGAGGGGACCCUGAGCUGUCGGACGGCAACCCAAUCGCGGGGAAAAUUGAAUAUGGGCUGCCCUCAAUGACCCCUACAUUGCCAGGCGCUCCUAAGAGAGUCAUAGUAGGGAGGAACCUCGGGGAACCGUCACCUGCUGACAUGUCAGGCCACCAAAUGCAGCGACGAUCACCUGUCGGUGCUGAAUCCGCGUACAGUGGGCCCUUGACAUGUCAGGCCACCAAAUGCAGCGACGAUCACCUGUCGGUGCUGAAUCCGCGUACAGUGGGCCCUCCCCCGAUGCAGCAGAGGUGGGCGUUUGAGAUGAGUUCAGACCGAAUUUUUAGUUGA